AAGACUGGGUCGGGAAAUUGAGCAUAAAAGCACAUAUCCUCACUUAGCUUCUUCAAUUGUGAGAUUGUGUCCGAGUCACUGAGCCAACCGAGUUAAGUCACCACCAAAAACACGAACCAUGGCUGCAGGAACCAAACCAACCCUUCCAUGGAACGUGCGUUUCUCCCUCUCUGUCCUUUCCGCUGUCAGCGACUUCUGUCGCCGCUCCAACGGCACCAUCAACCGCCGUCUCUUCAACGUCGUCGACCGCAAGCUCCCCCCUAAUGCUAACCCCGUUAACGGCGUUAUCUCCUCCGACGUCACCGUCGACGCCACCCGCAACCUCUGGUUCCGAUGCUUCGUCCCCUCCUCCGCCAUCAGCUCCGCCGCAGCAUCCCUCCCCGUCGUUGUGUUCUUCCACGGCGGCGCCUUCGCUUUCAUGUCCGCAGCUUCGAUCCCUUACGACGCCCUUUGCCGCAUUUUCUGUAGUUCCUAUAACGCCGUCGUUAUCUCCGUUAAUUACCGUCUCUCCCCCGAACACCGUCUCCCUUCCCAGUACGACGACGGUUUCGACGUAAUAAAAUUCCUCGACCAAAACCAAAACGGCGCCGUUUUGCCUCGUGUUGCUGACGUCACGAAGUGUUUUUUGGCGGGUGAUAGCGCGGGUGCGAACUUAGCGCACCACGUGGCGGUUCGGGUUUGCAAAGAGGGGCUCCGAAUUGUGAAAGUUAUCGGGUUGGUUUCUAUCCAACCGUUUUUCGGGGGAGAGGAAAGAACUAAGUCCGAGAUGGAACUAAAACGGGACCCUUUGAUUUCGUUGGAUAGAUCCGAUUGGCACUGGAAGGCCUUUUUGCCAAACGGGUCGAAUCGAGACCAUGAAUCGGUUAAUGUGAGUGGGCCUAAUAAGUUGGAUAUUUCGGGUUUGGAUUACCCGAAUACCCUGGUGUUCACGGGUGGGUUUGACCCGUUGCUGGAUUGGCAAAGGAGAUAUUAUGAGUGGUUAAGGGAAUCAGAAAAGAAGGCAGAGUUAAUCGAUUUUCCAAACGCGGUUCAUGCUUUUUACUUGUUUCCCGAAUUGCCCCAGACUUCUCAGUUUAUUUCUCACGUCAAGGAUUUUAUUACAAAGCAAAUUAACAAAUAA